AGUUUUUUAUCUUGAGAGUGAGGAUAAUCUUUCCAAGAAGUGCUGCCCUGCGAAUUCCAGGCUGAAGAAAAAGUAGGGGAAAGGUAAACUCAAAGUUGAAAAGAAAAUUAGAAGGAAGAAAUCUGAACAGAGCACACCAUCAAAAGAGGAAAACUUUUAAAAAUACUGCAUGUUUUCUUCGGGGAUUUAAACUCUAAAGAGUCGCUUCUAAUAAUUUCCAAGGAAGAAAAUAAAUCCAGUGUUGGAAAACUUGGGCAAUAGUAUUAAUGAGCAGAGAAAAGAGAGACUUUAGAGUAUAACCGUGAGUGGCUAUGGAGGUAUAAAAACUGGUUUACCAAAAGCAAGACUUACAUCACUGAAAACCAGAUGAUGGAAGGGGCAGAGGCUUUAUAAAACAGGGAUCAGAAGGCAAUGCAGAAACUUCCCUGAUUCUGAAUAAAACAUCAACACCAAAAAGACCACUAUGCUCCAGCUUGCAAACCUCUUUGGAUUAUGGUGUGACAAUCCUAAGGAUAUACUAGUAAGCCCUACAUAAAUCCGAAAAAGGUUAGCAACAUUGAUAGCAUUUCUUUAAAACAGAUCAAAGGAAAAGAAUAAAUCUAUUAACAAAAAAAUUUCAGGAGUGGUGGUGGGAGGGGAGGGAAAGAAGUUGACAGUGCAAAGCUGAAGAAGGACCUGGAGCUGAAGUAGAGCAUCUGGGAAAAACAAAGACACAUCCAAGAAGCAGAGCAACCAGGAAGAGAAGCAUUAUGGCACUGAUAAAGGAGCUCCUCAGGGCCAGAAACCUGCUGCUGGUUGUCCUCAUUCCACUUCUGCUGCUUCCUCUACCACUCUUAUACCCCAGUAGUGAAUGCUCAUGUGCUUAUGUGCUGAUCGUGACAGCUGUGUACUGGGUCUCAGAAGCGGUACCACUCGGAGCUGCAGCCCUAGUUCCUGCUUUCCUCUACCCACUCUUUGGAGUCAUGAAGUCCAGUGAGGUGGCUGCAGAGUAUUUCAAGAACACAACUUUGCUCCUCAUGGGGGUGAUUUGUGUGGCAGCUUCUGUUGAAAAGUGGAACCUACACAAGCGGAUUGCUUUGCGUAUGGUCAUGAUGGCUGGAGCAAAGCCAGGCAUGUUACUUCUCUGCUUUAUGUGCUGUACAACCGUUUUAUCCAUGUGGCUUUCCAAUACCUCCACCACAGCCAUGGUGAUGCCAAUUGUGGAGGCAGUGCUACAGGAAUUAGUGUACGCUGAUGAGGAGCAUGAGGUCAUCGGUACUGCAGGCAACACCAUGUCUAAAGAGUGGGAGCCAAUAGGUCUCAGCGAAAAACAUGGCCAAGCCUCAGUGGAACUCAUUUUCACCAAUGAGGAUGCCACAACCACUGACUCCAGCUCCCUGGUGCAUACUAAGAAUAUGAAUGGUGUGCACAUGAUAGCCAACCCAACUGGAACUGUGACUCCCAAAAACAAGGGGCAGCAUCUACCUCAGACUCAGAUACUUGUCCUGCCUCCUAAACCCAAAGACCUGGACUUGAGCACUAAAUAUCAGUACCAGUCCAGGCACGACCAUAUGAUCUGCAAGUGCCUCUCAUUGAGCAUCUCAUAUGCUGCAACCAUUGGGGGACUGACCACCAUCAUAGGGACCUCCACGAGUCUCAUCUUCUUAGAGUACUUCAAUAACCACUAUCCAAAUGCUGAGGUGGUAAAUUUUGGGACUUGGUUCUUGUUCAGCUUCCCCAUCUGCCUCCUCAUGCUGGUCCUGACCGGGUUCUGGAUGCAUUGGCUGUUCCUGGGCUGCAAUUUUAAAGAAACAUGUUCUCUGAGCAAGAAGAAGAAGACCAAACGAGAAGAGAUGUCAGAGAGGAGAAUACAAGAGGAAUAUGAGAAACUGGGGGAUAUUAGCUAUCCCGAGAUGGUGACUGGGUUUUUCUUCAUCCUGAUGACCUUGCUUUGGUUUACUCGGGAGCCUGGCUUUGUUCCAGGCUGGUCAUCUUUCUUUGAGAAGAAAGGCUACCGGACUGAUGCUACUGUCUCUGUCUUCCUUGGUUUUCUUCUGUUCCUGAUUCCAGCAAAGAGACCAUGCUUUGGAAAGAAAGUUAAAGAAGAUGGUGAAAAUUCUACAGACAUUAAUUCAAUGGAGCCAAUAAUUACAUGGAAGGACUUCCAGAAGACUAUGCCCUGGGAGAUUGUUGUGCUGGUUGGAGGAGGUUAUGCUCUAGCGGCUGGAUGUAAGACCUCUGGCCUUUCAACAUGGAUUGGGCGUCAGAUGUUGUCCUUGAGCAGUCUUCCCUACUGGGCUGUCACUCUGCUGGCUUGCAUGUUGGUGUCCAUGGUAACAGAGUUUGUUAGUAACCCAGCAACCAUAACUAUCUUUCUGCCUAUUUUAUGCAGUAUGUCAGAAACCUUGCAUAUCAACCCUUUAUACACCCUGAUUCCUGUAACAAUGUGUAUUUCCUUUGCGGUGAUGCUGCCAGUGGGCAAUCCCCCAAAUGCCAUUGUCUUCAGUUAUGGGCACUGCCAGAUCAAAGACAUGGUGAAAGCUGGCUUGGGUGUAAAUCUCAUUGGUCUAGUGGUUGUCAUGGUGGCGAUCAACACUUGGGGGAUUAGUCUCUUCCAGUUGGAUACAUUUCCAGAUUGGGCAAUGGUCAGCAAUGUAACUGGUCAAUCAUAAUCAGCAAUGACAAAAUUUGCAGAACCAAAGCUGAUAGGCAAAAUAUUUAGUUUAAAUUGCACAAAUAAAUAAAAAAAGAAGAAACUUGAGUGCAUAUAGUUUCAGUACCUUUGGCACAACCAAAGGGAGGUCUCCUGUGAAAGAUCCCUUGCCCUUUAUCGUUUUCAUGUUCAAAAUCAACACUGAGAACAAAAGUCAGAUUUGCUUUGAUUUAUUGCUGCUUACCCUGAGAUACCAUAAUUCCAAAAGAAAAGCCUGCUUACAGCUUUUCCCUUGCGAAAAUACAAUUACAUAGACCCUUCCCUUGAAAAUACAGGAUCUAUGAUUCCAGUGAGAGAACUCAAGAACAUAAUGGAUACCCUACAGAUUUCCACAGCUGAUGCUUUUUAAGUUUUUUUGAGUUAUUGUUGUUUCCGAAGGACCGAUUUGUCAGAAACAUAGAAGGUGGAGAAAAAUCUGAUUAGUAAAUAUGUAACACCCACAACAAUGGGAGGGAAGAAACAACUACAGACAAAAGGCCUGGGUGCGGCUGUAGGAGAGGGCAACCGAAAGUUUUCCACCAUGCUAGCAUGAAAACUCAUGUGCUGCAGUACUCAUGGUGUCUCUUCUGGAAAAGGCAAGUUCAGAACCUCCUGCAGAUGCCAGUUGGAAAGUAUUUGGCAGGCCUAACAGUCUUUUUUAGUCCACUCAUGUGAGAGCUCCCUUUAGAAGCUGUUUAGGGGGCAUCACUCCCUGAACACUCUUAUGCGGCCUGACCACACAUUCUCUAAAUCAGUGGUCACCAAACAGUAAAUCGGGAUCUACUGGUAGAUCCUGGAGUCUCUGACAGGUGAACCUGACUGGUUUGACCAGGACUCUUGUCAAAUGCCUCCACUUCAGCUGCCCCUCCACCCAGCGCUGCUCACCUCCUGCCCUUUGCCUUGGAGCUGCGCUCCCCCCUCCCCCCAGAAGCCUCCUGUUUGCUGUGCAGAGCCCCUCUCACACUCCAA